CAAAUUUUUUUUUGAGUGCAGCCGAAAGCCAUUUUGUUUUUCAGGGUUCUUUGCAAGGGUACCGGACGCGUAGUUGCAAGAAGCUAACGGUUGCAGCAGUUUUGUCUAAAGCUUCACGAUGUUUCCCUUGGCCAAAAACGCACUAAGUCGUCUCAGAGUUCGAAACAUUCAGCAAACAAUGGCAAGGCAGAACCACCAGAAGCGGGCACCUGAUUUCCAUGACAAAUAUGGUAAUGCUAUAUUAGCUAGUGGAGCCACUUUCUGUGUUGCUGUAUGGGCAUAUACAGCAACACAGAUUGGAAUAGAAUGGAACCUGUCCCCUGUUGGCAGAGUCACCCCAAAGGAAUGGAGAGAAGAAUAAUCAUCCCAUCUGGUUUAAUACUGAAUUGUUUCAAAACCACCUCAUAAUUGAUGCCAAGUAAAAGCACUGUGUACCCAUUAAAAUAUGGCAUGAUUGAAGAAAUAAAGUAUAUUUGAAACCUUCA